AUGUCGGCGACAAAUGCCGGUCCGUCAAUCCCCUCCACCCAGGCGGCCAAUCUUCUCUCCUCUUUCACAACAUUCCUCACUCUAACCCUACACACCCUCCUAUACCACCGGGCCCUCUACCCAUCGGCAACCUUUCUCACCGCUCGUGCCCUCAACCUCCCUGUCCACCAAUCCCGGCAUCCAGGCCUCUGCACAUGGAUAAACGACUCUGUAGCCGCCGUAUCAGCCCAGCUAAGAAAGGGUGCUGUCCGCCGCAUAGCAGUCACAAUGCACGCCGCAAAGUCGUUCGACGUCCUGGAGCGCUGGGUCUUUGACGUAGAAGCCUUUCCCGCCUGGGGCGACGCAGGGAUGGAAGAGGAGCAAGAAGAGGAGGCAUUCCUUGCUGCUGGCAUCGAGGCGGAGGAGGAUGACGAGAGUGUGAAUUGGACGGAUGUGAACGAGGCGUUGAGGGGGGCGCUUCGUCGUGUUGCUCAUGCGGCUGAGAUGAUGCCUCCUCUUCCGGCGGGGAGCACGUUUACACUUGCUGUUGAGUUGCGUGACGAGGCAGCCGCCCCUAUAAGCCACCCACAACAUUGGAUCCCCUCUCAACCCAAUCUUCAGCCACCAACCGACACGUCUCUUAACCAGGGCUCUUCACUCGGGGGCCAAAACACAACACCCAUACGUUCAGUACAAGCUGGUCCCCUAUUCUUUGAAUGCUGGAUAGAGCAAGGCGCGUCCUCGUCAUGA